AUGUCUUCACAGGAAAAUGCUACAGCAGAGUCUGGAGAAGAUCAGAAAGGAAAGGACUCUGAUAUGAAAAACCUGAAUGUAUCUUUGCCUGUAUCAUCUCAUGAUGACCUUCCCUCAUCAAGUCAUGAUGACCUGCAUUCAUCAAGUUAUGAAGACCUGCAUUAUUCAUCAGGUCAUGAGGACCUGCAUUCAUCAAGUCAGGAAACAACACCUAGACUAGUGAAUUAUAAGGUUUUUCAAAAUGAAGUUAACUCAAGGAAGCUAAAAGUCUUUCUUCAAGAUUUCCAACAUAGUGAUGAUUUUGAAGAUCAGUUUAAAGAUGAGGCUGAAAGUGAGAAUGUCGGCACCUUGCGGAAAACCAGUAGCUUCUUUCUAAAGCAGAAGUGGAGCAGUGAGGAUGAAGAGUUUGCAGGGCCUUCCCAUCCUGAGAUUCCUACACUCCAGGGUGUGGAAAUUGUUUCUGAAAAGGAGCUAGCUCAGUUAGCUCUGGUUCGACCAUUAGUAUUCAAUACGCAGGAGCAAUCGGCCAUCAGGGAUUAUUUUAAAAUACUUACAAAAAAAGUAUCAGAAUAUGAAAUCACCCAGGAAUUUAUGGCUUUGGAAGUUAAGAAGCUGCCUGCUGUUUUCCACUCUGGGAAUGAACUACACAACAGAGACAAAAAUAGAUAUCGAGAUAUUCUUCCAUAUGAUUCAACACGUGUUCCUCUUGGAGAAAACAAGGACUACAUCAAUGCCAGUUAUAUUAAAAUAGUCAAUUCUGGAGAAGAGUAUUACUAUAUUGCUACCCAAGGACCACUGCCAACUACCACGAAUGACUUUUGGCAAAUGAUUUUGGAAAAUAACUCUAAUGUUAUUGCCAUGAUAACCAAAGAGAAAGAACGUGGAGUUACUAAAUGCCACCAUUACUGGCCUAUUUCUAUGAAGAAACCUUUGGAAUUGAAAAGCUGUCAUAUCUUCCUGGAGAACUACCAAAUACUUCAGUAUUUCAUCAUUCGAUUGUUUCAAGUUGUCAAGAAGUCUACAGGAGCUAGUCACUUUGUAAAACACUUGCAGUUCACCAACUGGCCAGACCAUGGCACUCCUGCUUCAGCAGAAGGCUUUAUAAAGUAUGUACGUUACGUGAGGAAGAGCCACCUUACAGGACCCGUCGUUGUUCACUGCAGUGCAGGCGUGGGCCGGACAGGGGUGUUCCUGUGUGUGGAUGUUGUAUUCUGUGCCAUUGAAAAGAACUUUUCAUUCAACAUCAUGAAUAUAGUGGGCCAAAUGAGAGAACAACGUUGUGGAAUGAUCCAAACAAAGGAGCAGUAUAUGUUUUGUUAUAAAAUUGUACUUGAAGUUCUUCAGAAGCUUUGGACUGUAAAAGUUGUGGCACUAGGGCACCUGACCCAAGAGGCCACAGGAGAAAAGGGGCUUGGCUAG